AUGGCGGGCGCCCAGGCGCGAAAAGGAUUUACUCCAUCGAAGACACCACCCGGCUCAAAGCAGAAAACGCAGGUGAAACGGAAUGCGAGUCUGUUGAGUUUCUUCCAGAAAGCCGACGGGCCCCCGCAAGCCACCUCUCGGCAGCCUCGAAUCACGCAGUUUGCAACUAAGGUCGAGCGUUCGACUGGGAGCGGUAAUAGCCCCGUUUCAUUACGCAGACAAGGUAGCUCGCAAGCAAGUAAUACGGCUGGGGGUCUGUUUCUGGAGGAUAAGAAUGGUUCGAAGUCGUUGAAGACGGGAACCGGUAUUCCUGACUCCCGCGAGUCAAGGUCGAGGACACCGGAUGAUAUCUGGGGAGAUGAGGACGGAAAUGAAGAUGUGACACAGCCAGAGGGUGGGAGAUAUAAUGAGAACGGAAACUCGGUCAAGCGAAGAAAAGUGGACUCUUCCUCAGCGGUUGAUCAGGGCGAUGUUCCCCAUCCGGCCAAACCUACUAAGACCCGCCAACUCAGUGGUCCUUUUAUCGAUGAAUCGGACAGCGAAGACGAUCUGGGUGCAUUCAAGGAGGUAGACGAGGAAGUACCGAGCUUUGAGCGGACCACGACCGGAAACGAAGAAAAAUGUCCAAGUAGUGGUAAUGUUAACCCGGCACGUCAAGAGCAACCGUCCGCUGUCGCCGCACCCUCAUUGGUAAGAGAAGCCACGAGUCACGCAGGAGACGAUGAAUUCGCGAAUUUUGACGAUAUAGAAGACGAUAACUUCCUAGACGACGAUACACUUGAUCCAUUUUACGCAGACGAAGAUGCUGGCGAGAACGCGGAUUUCCUUGACUCAACUGUUAUGGAUGAUUCCUUGGGGAUCAAUGAUGUUAGCGAAUGUUCUGGUGGUGAAGGUCCUGCAUGUCCGAUAUGCCAGUCAGAUCUAUCAGGGUUAAGCGAGUCGGAUGUGAGCCUGCAUGUGAACGAUUGCCUCGACGGGGAGCCUACGGCUAACUCAGAAGAAACACUCCCGAACGCUCCGAAGCAAGCCCUAUCGCGGUCCGAUAGGGCUGCUGUCCCACGACCAGCUCAACGUGACCCGUUGUCGUCGGUCGGUACAAAGUCAAAAUCAGCCUUCUCGGAGAUUAUGGCUGGAAACGCUGAAGAUGCCGCUUGGGCGACUGCAGCAGCAGGAGAGAUAGCGUCUCGCGGGAAGCAGGCUUAUCAACGAACUUGUCCGUUCUACAAGAUUCUUCCUGGUUUUUCCAUCUGCGUGGAUGCGUUUCGCUAUGGUGCCGUGGAAGGCUGUAACGCCUAUUUUCUCAGCCACUACCAUAGUGAUCACUAUAUCGGUCUCACAUCGUCCUGGCGACAUGGUCCUAUCUACUGUAGCAGGGCUACGGCCAAUCUAGUGCGCCAGCAACUCAAGGUUGACCCCAAGUGGGUUGUAGACCUGCAGUUCGAAAGGAAGACAGAGGUUCCUGGAACGAAAGGCGUGCAUGUCACCAUGAUCGAGGCCAAUCACUGCCCUGGGAGCGCCAUCUUCCUUUUCGAAAAACAGGUGGGAUCCGGAUCAUCCGCGAGAGUACAACGGAUCUUGCAUUGUGGAGACUUUCGAGCGUCUCCCGCACAUGUGCAACAUGCACUAUUGCGUCCGGAAAUAGAUGACCCUACUACUGGCCAACGCCGUCCACAGAAAAUUGACGUUUGUUACCUUGACACGACAUAUAUGAGUCCUAAGUAUGCGUUCCCCAGCCAGGAGGAUGUCAUCGAAGCAUGCGCGAAUCUCUGUGUCAGUCUCGACAGGAACCCGGAAGAAGGUGUUGGUCAGAGUCUGUUGCAGAAGGGAAGUUCUGGUGCAGGGAAUGUUAUGAGCCGAUUCUUUUCUGCGAUGAGCGGAUCCCGUGGCAAUUCAGAGAACCAGGCCGCGCGGGCUCAGGGUCGGUUGCUUGUCGUUAUAGGGACAUACAGUAUCGGCAAGGAGCGAAUAUGUCUUGGCAUCGCGCGAGCACUAAAAAGCAAGAUAUACGCCACGCCAGCCAAGAAGCGAGUGUGCGCGUGCUUAGAAGACCCGGAAUUAUCCUCACUACUCACUGAUGAUCCGGCUGAGGCUCAGGUGCAUAUGCAGACGCUUUUUGAGAUUCGCGCAGAAACCUUGGCCGACUACUUGGACUCAAUGAAGCCGCAUUUCUCGCGCAUUGUAGGCUUUCGACCGACGGGCUGGAAUUAUCGUCCGCCGGCAGGUCGAAUGCUGGACAACCCGCCCGUCUCCACAGUGUUGCACUCACCGCAGUGGAAAACGCCGUUUUCGGCACGCGAUCUGACACCUCAAAGAGGGAGUACCCGGGAGAGUGCGUGCUACGGGGUACCAUAUAGCGAACACAGCUCUUUCCGUGAGCUGACUAUGUUCUGCUGCGCCUUACGGAUAGGACGGAUAAUCCCGACUGUGAAUGUGGGUAGCCGGCAGAGUCGGGAUCGAAUGAAAGCAUGGUUUGAACGGUGGGAGGCCGAAAAGAGGAAGAGUGGACUGUACCGAGUAGAGGGAGAACGAUGGUAA